AUGACUGAAGAAAUGGAGCUAACAUCGAAAAAGGUCAAACAGGAAUUCGGACCUAAAUUCUCUCUCUCAUUGCCUUUCACCAGCGAAUUAGAAUCCUCCAUCAUCGUCUCCGCUCUCAAGCACGUCAUCUCCGGUGGAACCUGCAGUGACGGCGAAGACAUUGUUCAACAAUUCCUUCUUCCACCAUUGGUCAACUCAUCCGCCACUACAUCUUCUUCCCCUAUCAUCAUUAAAUCAAGCCUUGAACUUGAUCAAGAACAGAGUAUACCUCUGCCGCUCCCAGAAUCUGAUAAGUGUGGAUUAUGCAAGAUAGACGGCUGCUUAGGUUGCAAUCUCUUCGGAGUUUCACAACCUCAGAAGAAGACUCGCAAGAAGAAUACGAAGAAGAACUAUCGGGGUGUUCGACAGAGGCCAUGGGGCAAAUGGGCGGCGGAGAUUAGAGACCCUCAUCGCGCUGUUCGUGUUUGGCUUGGAACCUUCGAUACUGCGGAAGAAGCUGCCAUGGCUUACGAUAAAGCCGCCAUUAAGUUCCGCGGUGCCCGUGCGAAGCUCAAUUUCUCAUUCUCUGAUUAUCAGAACUCAGAACCCCAAAACCAAUCGCCGCUGCAUCAGCAGGAAGAACCCAGGUCAGUAGUGGAGGAACAGCAGAAGCCGGUGGCGGGAACUACAAGCGGGAGUAAAAGGGAUAGGGAUUUAUGGGAAAUGCUGGAAUUUGAAGACGACAACGCAUUACAGAGUUGGAUGAUGACGACGACGACCAAUGUCUCCGGCGAAUUGCCCACUUCAACUGAACCUUUACCGCCGGCGACGUUUGAUUUUUCCAAAUUAGCUUAUUAUCCUCCAUGA